GCCUAUUCGCUGGCGGACGCAGCGCUAGAGCGCGCAACGCUGCUCCAAUGCUGUCUAGCCCUGCGAGGUGGGCCGGCUUGGCGGCGUGUGCCAGAUGGUGGAGUUGUGCAGAGGUUGGCGAUGGUUGGGAUAAAUGCGCUGGUGUUGCACGCAGGCAAGAGCUGUGGCGAGCAGGGAGAGGCAGCUUGGGGACCGACAGUACAGCCGCGCCGCUGCUGCGUGUGAAGGGAGGGGAAGCAGAGGCUCCAGAGAGUGCCUUGGCAGACGACGCAUCGUGCUGCAAGAUGCUCCGGACUCCCCAGGCAGCAGACGCACGCACCGAGAUACGAUGAGAGCAUCGCGCUGCAGAACGGUACAGCAGAUUCCCAGGCGCGCCCAGGGGCCACAGUCACGUCCGCAUGUCAUAGAAACUGCCGCUCGCUGCACGGCGCGAUGCUAUCUGGCAACCCAGGCCGCUGGAGCGCGGCAUCGAGCGCGGCUUUGCGAGUCUCGUGAGGGCGAGGUACAGAUGGCAGGCGAUCGAGACGAGCGGGCGGAGGAGGGGCAGCAGUCAUGCGACCUGCUGCGGCGCGAUAUCGAGCAGCCCGCACUAUUACCAUCCGACGGCGUGAGAUGCUGCCUUCUUGCGCACUCGCGGGCUGCACACGCCUUUGUUUCAGGCCCGGAGCAGUGCAUAACACAGGAGAGGCGCGCUCAUUCGGCGGCGCGCCCGCGGCGAGGGCCAGGCGUCGUGCAGCGCGCAGAGCCGGCCCCAGCGACUCCAGCGGCGGCUGCCCAGCGGCCGGCCGUGCUGAGCUCCAAUUUCGAUUAAUCCCUGCGCCGCGACGCCCCUAGCAACCACCCACACAGCUUAAAGCUCUCGCGGCCCUUGCCCGUUCGCUCGCCUUCCUUUGUUCUCUCUCACACCACUCCUGCUCGUCUCUGCAACUCCAGGUCGAGCCUGCCAUUGCCUCACGCUGU